UGCCAUGGUGAUGACGCUUAUCAACGCAAAACGGUCGCGUACUAAGGGCAUCCGCUACUUGCGCAGUUUAUAUUAUUUAAGUAGCUCAGGGAGAUCUGACAGGAACACAGCCGACCGAGGCAAGCCGCUGGCAGCAUCACCAACAUGACCUGCAAGGUGGAGUGCGCUUAGCCGCUGCGGCUAGCCCGUUCAACCACUAUUUAUUGCGCUUUAGAAGCUUCUUGACGGCCACGUAAUUUUUGGUGAAAGGUUCCAGGGGUGGUGAGGAUCCAAACAGAUAUCGCCAUGGCCUCGGCAAACGUAACUCUGGAGAAUCAGCUGCACAGUGCUCAGAAAAACCUGCUUUUUCUGCAGCAGGACCAUGCUAACACACUAAAGGGGCUACACGCAGAGAUCCGCCGAUUACAGCAGCAAUGCACAGAUUUGACAUAUGAGCUCACUGUGAGAAGCUCCGAUCCAUCAGACAGCAGCGAGGAACGAUGCAGGGAGCUGCAAAGGAGGUGUGAGGAGCUGGAGGCCCAACUUAAAAAGAAGGAGGAGGAGAACACAGAGCUGCUCCGGGACCUGGAGCAAAAGAACGCCAUGAUUUCGGUCCUGGAAAACACCAUCAAAGAGCGGGAGAAGAAGUACCUGGAGGAGCUUAAGAUGAAGAGCCACAAGCUGGCCGUGUUGUCUGGGGAGCUGGAGCAGAGGGCAAGCACCAUCGCUUACCUCACCUCGCAGCUUCACGCCACUAAGAAGAAGCUUUUGGCCGGAAGUUCCUCCGAGGCGAGUCCCAACGUCAGUCCCAUCAGCUCCUACAAGCCGACACCUCCCCCCGCCAAGGACAGGCAGCCUGAAACCCCGCGUCGCCGGAUGAAGAAGAGCCUCUCCCAGCCUCUUCACCCGGAGCUAACGGAGGUGUACCGCCUGGGCCCGGACGGCAGGCGGGUUGUCCUGCGAGAGCCGGUCGACGCCAUGCCCGACCCGACGCCGUUCUUGCAGGCAGGCCGGGAGUCUCCCGACACGCAGCAGGUAGUGCGUGAGCGCCCCGCAGUCAUCCCUCCCAUCGCCUCCGACCGCUCCCCCAUUCCUCGCCUGGGCGCCGCGGCCAGCCCCCGACACAGCCCGGCUCGGGAGCGCCAGCACAGGGCCCACGUGGGCGUGGCGCACCGCAUCCCGCACGGCACCCCUCCCCUCGCCCCGCCGCAGGCCGAGCUGGAGACGCUGGCAGUGGAUCAGGUCAACGAGGACAAGGUUCUGCAGAAGCGCUCGGAAGCCGAUAGGACAGUUUAACACUGCAAUGCUGCACCUGCGCAUUAACACAGAUGCACAUCUAGGGCCAGAUGCAUAAAACUCUGGUUUUACGACUAAAAGGAGCGUGACCACAAAGGCAAAAAUGUGUUUAUGCAUUCUGUUUGCCAUAUUUAUAAAGAGUGCCUUGCAGAGGUAUUCAUACUGCUUGAACUUUUUCAGAUUUGAUCACGUCAUAACCGCUAACUUCAGUGUGUUUUAGCUGGAUUUCUGCCGCUAAAGCAGUGCAUAACUUUAGGAAAAUGAUACAUGGCUUUUUAAAAGUGUUUUCUAAAUAUUCUGAACAGUGUGGUUAAUAGUAUUAACCACACUGUUCCCAAAAAAACUCCCAAUGGGUUUUUUUUUGUACUAUUCACAUGCUCUCAUACUUUGCUCAACCUUAUGCUUCAUUCAUUGCAGCCUUUAAUAGGGACAAUUCCUUAUCACCCACCACAGCAUGAUAUUGCCACCACCAUGUUUAACCCUUGAAGUGGUGUGUUCAGGUUGUGCUGUUUUUCUGCAAUACAUCAGUGUUUUUGCAUGUCGAAAGUUCAGUUUUUGUCUGUUUUGUCGCCUUCCUGCAACAAAAUGAAUGAAUAUUGUAUAUUUUUAAAGAGAUUAAUUUGCACACGGGGAACUCUGCUUGGUCUGGAUUUGAUUUAGGGGUGUCCGAGUAUAGAGAGCCGAAUACAUAUGCAUGUAACGGUUUUUGUUGUUUUUAGAAACCGACUAUCAUUUUCCUUCCCCUGCGCAAUGGGGCAGAAAUUUUUGUUGACCUAUUGCAUAAAAUUCAAUACAAUACACCGAAGUUUGUGAUUUUACUGUAAAAUGUAAAAAAAAAAGAAAUAGUUCAAGGCAUAUGAAUACCUUUAUCAGGCACUGCGGGAUGUGCUUCUGUCAGUACAUUCAAAUCAUUUUGAAAUUUUACACUCAUGCACUUCCUUCAUACUUUAACCCCAUUUCUGGCUUAAAGUAUGGAGGAAAUGUGUUUAGUCUCGGCUGUGAGCCCAUGAACACAACAAAGCCUGAAUCAAAAUUUGUUACAUAUGCAACUCCACUUUCUAAGUUCAAAGCAACGAACCUCGACGGAAGGAAAAUAGAAACAGUAUUGCACAUGUGGGGCUUUAAAGCACACAAGCCUACAUAUCAUCCUCUGCAAGAAGCGAAAGCAGCAAAAAUAAUGGUUCUAUUAAAGUCUUACCAAGGUCUUCCAACUCCUCCAGAUGAGCCUGCUUGUUUUAUUUUACCUCAAAUUCUGUUUUUGUGGUUUUAGUUGAAUAUCUCUCACACUGCACAUUGCUCUUACAUACAUACACAUCCAAUGUGUAGAGAAGGGUACAUGCAUUGUGUUUGAGUUUUGCACUAUUUAUGCAUCUGACCCUAGCAUAUACACACUUGCUUACACUGCAAGAACAGCGAAGAGCCUGAACCACUGUGCAGCCUGCUUUGUACGCAACACAACGGUAUCAACAAAAGCGUCAUUUUGUGGUACUCCAUGAGGACCUUUAAGUUUUCUUCUUCUACGGUUGAAAUGGACUACUGUAAAGCACGCCAAAUGAGUUUUAUUAAUCUCCCAAUGAGUUGUUUGUGUUUUUUCUUUUUGUACUAUUCACAUCUUGACCUUUUUGCUUCGACCUGUCGGAUCUGUUUUAUGUGGUGCAAACAACCAACUCUCAGCCAAAUAUCUGCGUCAGUGCCUGCUUAACCGGCCUAGUCGUGCUCAAGCUGUGAAACGUAGUCAUGGCUAGAAGUCACCUUUACAUAUCUGGAGUACAGAGGAGGUAGCAGCAGUCUAUAUAGCAAGACGUCAGCAGCAGCUUCGUAGGAUAGAGGUGACGUAAUAACACUGCUGCUCCGUAAAUAUCUUUUUUUAUUCGGUAUCUGUGUACUCACGUGACCGUAGGUAGAAGCUGCGAUGUGUGUAACUGAAAUCAAAUGUGUCGGUUAUCGAGUUGAAGCUUUUCCUUUGCUUCGCAGAAUGGAGCAGCGCUGGACAUAUUUUAAUGCAAUAUGGAUAUUUAUAUCUAUCUAUAUAUAUAUAUCUAUAUAUAUGUAUGUAAGUAGGGAGUGUUUCUGCGUGUGUGAGCGAGGAGAGCGCGAGCAUGUCUGAGGAAAGAUGACAGGAUUUUGUUUAGGUUUGAACAAUAUUCAUUAAUGCUUUUUGUCGUACAAGGGCAUUUUUAAAACAGUGCUGGAUAUUGUGAUAUUACCAACUGUACUUUUUAAAAGGCUGUCGAUUUGUAAUGAGUUGUUUUUUUAAUUUAUUGUUUGUUAAUGACCCAGCAGGAAAAAGAAGAAAGAAAAAAAAAGAAAAUCAACAACCCUGAUGCACUCUGUACCUUUCACACCACCACAAUAAUGGUAAUUAAAUCUCUUAAUAGCCUGCUUUUCACAAUAAAAUCACUUAUCAUUAAAGAAAUCAAAUCAUUA